AUGGCGAUGGAGGACAACGAAGGCAACCAGUUAAUGAAUUGGUCUAUGGUGGGAACGAGCAGUUCCGACAGCAUCACCACCCAUGGGAACAUCGACGAUGUCAUGAGCGUUGCGCUGACCCUGACGAAGCCAGACGGGCGCCUUGACACGAUGACCGAGAUGGCCUUGACGCUGACGAUGGAGAGCAUGAUGGACGACGAGGACGACAACGAGAUGGAAGUGACGACGACCCAGCAGGGGCUGAUUACUACAUACGAGGACGGCUGGUGGGGCGAGGACGAUUCGGACCUGAUGGACAUGGAGGGCGUAUCUAUCUCACUUAGUCUUGGCUACGACGGCGCAGACACAUGGGAUGUGACCGGAAGCUUGAUCCAAAACGGCGACACAUAUGUUUCAGUGGAGGCGCACUUGCACGAAGAAUGGGUAUCAGUGACCUCUUGGGCCAAUGAGGAAAUCGGGGAUCUGAUGGGCGCGGGGUUCAUGUACGAGUACGUCAACGCCAGCAUACCGACUUCCGACUCCAGCGACAUGUGGGAGAUCAGCUAUCCAGAUACCAGCGACUUCAUCGAGACCACCAAUCUCACCUGGCACACGGAUGACAGCGCUGGAGAGUCCAGUUUUUCUGUCAAGUCGUACGCGAUGGAACUGGACUCGGCGGCGUGUGGCGGUACAUCCUGUCCGUCAACGCCUCGGCAGACAUGA